CAGGAUUCUGAACUCAGUGCCCUGGUGUUGCCUUUUGAUGUUUGCUGUCAGUGUCGUCAUGACAAGUGCAUGUGGUCGAGCGGAAUAUGACACUGGACAGGAGUGCUGCCCAAUGUGUAGUCCUGGUCAUUAUGUAAAGCGUCACUGCACUGAGGAUAGAAGUACCACGUGCCUGCCUUGCCCACCCUCCUCCUUCACUGAUAAACCUAACGGACUCCUCAAAUGUUUAUCAUGUUCAGUUUGUGAUUCAAGUGCAGGUCUAAGAGUGAAGAGGGCGUGCAGCUCCACUUCAGACUCACUCUGUGAGCCUCUGGAAGGUCACUACUGUACUGACCCAAUCAAAGAUGGCUGCCGAGGAGCUGUGGAACACACAAAGUGCUCACCAGGGCAGUACGUCAACCAGACAGGUACAGCAUCCACAGAUACUGUGUGUGGUGACUGUGUAGGCGACACAUACUCAGAUGGAUCAUUCACAUCCUGCAGACCACACACACGAGCCGAUGUGGCUGUAAUGGAAGAAUAUACUUUAAGACGGCACUAUGAAACGAAACACCAAGACAAGUACAAACAUCUGGACAUUAAACAGAAGCUCCACAAGGUAGAGGAGUUGAAAAGAAGGCUGGUGUCACAGCAGGUGGUGACUGUUCGUAAAAGCCAAAUCACAAAGUGA